UUAUAUAAGAUAUAAGAUUUCAGCGACAGAAGAAACCCAAAAUUAGGGGAAAAAAAAUGAAAGAGGAUAUGGGUCUCGAUUACUUUUUCACAUUUCUCAUCUCAAAAUCCAUAAAAAACAAGAACUUGAAGCUAGGCUUACUUUUACAUUCACAAUUUAUCAAAAAAGCUCUAACCUUUAAACCCUUUAUAACCAACCAUCUUAUAUCCAUGUACUCAAAAUUCAAUGAAAUUAAAAGUGCGCAAAAGGUCUUUGAUGAACUUCAUGUGAAAAACAGCCAUUCUUGGAACAUUCUUAUUUCUGGGUAUUUACAACAUGGUCAUUUUGAUAGAGCUUGUAACUUGUUUGAUAAAAUGCCAAGGAGAAAUCUUGUAAGUUAUAAUUCAUUGAUUUCUGGGUUUUCCCAACAUGGGUUUUACAAAGAAUCAGUAAAUAUGUUCAAAAAAAUGCUAAAUGAAUCUGAUCAUCUGGUUAUUGAUGGCUAUACGGUUGUUAGUGUUGUUGGUGCUUGUGCUUGCUUAGGUGCUUUGAAAUUGUUGUGUCAGGUUCAUAGCUUUAUUAUAGUUUUUGGUUUAAAGUUGGAUUUGAUUGUUUACAAUGCUUUGAUUGAUGCUUAUGGGAAAUGUGGGGAGGCAGAUAGUGCGUAUAGGAUUUUUAAUCAAAUGAGUGAAAGGGAUGUUGUUUCCUGGACUUCUAUGGUCGUUGCUUAUACUAAAGUGUCUAGAUUGGAGGAUGCUUGUUGUGUAUUUAAUAAAAUGCCAGUUAAGAAUACGGUAUCUUGGACUGGUUUAAUAACGGGCUUUGCACAAAACGGUCGUGGAAAUGAAGCAUUGAAUCUUUUUCAGCAGAUGUUGGAGGAAGGAGUGCAGCCUAAUGCAUACACAUUUGUUUCUGUUUUAAGUGCUUGUGCAGAUUUAGCACUUAUUGGAAAAGGUAAACAGAUCCAUGGACGCAUAGUUAGAGUUGGCAGCAGACUUGAUUUGUUGAAUCAAUUUGUUUUUAAUGCUUUAAUUGACAUGUACUGCAAGUGUGGAGCCAUGGACUCAGCUAAAUUACUGUUUGAGAGGAUACAUGAGAAGGAUGUUGUUUCAUGGAACUCAUUAAUAACUGGGUUUGCUCAAAAUGGGCACGGAGAGGAAUCACUUAAUAUGUUCAGAAUGAUGAUACAAGCAAACAGAAGGCCUAAUCACGUCACAUUUCUUGGGGCAUUAUCCGCUUGUAGUCACGCAGGUCUGAUCUUUGAAGGAAUGAGGAUUUUAGAUUUGAUGGAAAAGGAUUUUGGUGUGACCCCUAGGUCUGAUCAUUAUGCAAUCUUGAUUGAUUUGCUUGGAAGGCAAAACAGGCUUGAGGAGGCAAUGAAUAUGAUUAAGAGAACUCCUAAUGGACCGAAUCAUGUUGGCAUGUGGGGUGCGCUUUUAGCUGCUUGUUGUGUCCAUGGUAACUUAGGUCUUGCUAGGAAGGCAGCAGAGGCUCUGUUUGAACUGGAACCGAAGAAUGCUGCCAGAUAUGUAAUGUUAUCAAAUGUCUAUGCUGCAGCUAAAAGAUGGGACGAUUCCCAUGCAGUGAGAAGGCUUAUGAAGCAGAGAGGUCUAAGGAAAGAAGCGGCUUAUAGUUGGAUUGAGGUGAGGAAUGUACUACACGAAUUUUUGGCGAAAGACAAGAGCCAUUCUCAGAUAGAAAAGAUAUGCGAAGUGAUCCUCGUACUGGUAGAUCAUAUGAAGGAUGUUGGGUACGUACCCCUCAGAGAUGGUACUUUGUUUCAUGAUGAAGAUGACCAGUAACUCGUACUGGAGGUGAUGCUGCUAACCAAUCUCCAGCUACCUAUUGCAUCCUUAACACUUGCUUACUUUUAUGGAAAUCCCGAAUUUAGUUUGAAGGAUGCCUCGUAGAGAGAAUCUAAUGCUCUGAUUAUGAAGCUCCAGGUGGAUUCAUCUUGAAGAUCUAUUUGUCAUUUUACUAUCUUCUGCUAUCAGAAGCCUGUGUAUCCCUGGCAGUAUUGAGUUCUUGCCAUACUUUUUGUCCUUGGUUAAGGACUCAGACUGUAGUAACUUAUAGCAUCAGAUUCUCACAUUUUGAGGUAUCGAUUUGGUGGCUUCAGGAAUACCUAAGCUGUCCAGAUGGCCCUGCCCUCAUUUAAUAAUAAUAUUGAUCUGUAGCAUUUAAUGAUAUGGCAUUCAUUGAACAGCUGUGAUGUGAUUCAUUCACAUGUAUUUUAGUGUCAUGAUGUAAGCAGUAAAUUAGGGUUUAAGCUCAUGACUAACAACAAAUUACUACAAUAUGAGUCAACUGUUGUUCAGUUAUUGCAGCAUCAACUUUUGCAAUUUAGUUGGACCCUACAUAAAGAAAGGGAGAAUGAAAAAAUAUAGGCAGUGGGGACUGGUAAUUUCCUAUCAAGAUAUACUCUUACACCAUUCGUUCAAGCAAGUUCAGUGUGAGGAUCCAAGAAUUUAGUCAUGUUCACGUGAAACUUCUUAAAAUGGGGAGUCACUGAGUCAGCAUCACAAUCCUGUGAAGAUUUGUGCAGCAGGAGGAGAAGGACAGCAUACUCGUGGACUGAAACCUAUGUUCUACUAGAACCUGGACAAGAUGAGAAGUUUGUCUCUGAUGAAGAGUUGGAAGCCAUGUUAAAGGGCUGGCUUGAAAAUUGGCCAGAGAAGACCCUUCAACCAUACCUGCAAGAUUUGUGACCAUUGACGAUGCUGUUUCUUACUUAAUAAGAUCUGUUUGUGAACCUGAAAUAGAUGGAGAUGUUGGUUCAAUUCAAUGGUAUCAGUUUCGACUAGAGUGAGAAGAGUAGGCAUAGGUCUUGACCAUUUAGCAAUCAUGUAACUUACUUCCAUUUGAAUGAUGGAAACGUUAUAUAUAUAUAUAUAUAUAUAUAUAUUAGAUUUGCCACUGUAGAAUGGAAGCAUAAUAUAAUUUUACUACCAUAUUUCAUCAAAGAAAUGCUAUUUUUCCAGCAGAAAGAAAUAUUAGAUACAAGAAAGAAGUGUUGCUCUCAUUUUAAUUAAAGAUUAAAUGCAUAUUUACCAGGUCUGAAUGUUGUCUGAAAGUGACUCCCUACCUACUCCAAUAAAUCAACCAGUUAUCGGUUGGGCACUAGGUAUACUAGUCAUCAUCAUUUUCCUCUUUAGCAUGUGUCGCCAAUGACCAUAUCUAUGGUGGUCUUUCUUCUUCUCCCUGUCAUUCCCUCUCUUUCCUCUCCUCCUCUAAUGUUUAGGUACGUAAAGAAUCAGUGGACAAGGUUAAGCUAAACAAAAAGAAACAGUUCAUGUUUAGUUUUUGAGUUAAUAUGUAAU